UUUUAAUUAGGCAACCAUGUCUGGAAGGGUACUUGAUAACAGAACCUGCCCGUUGAAAGUUCCCGGCUUCCACGAUAUUCCCAUCGAUGUGGAGCUUCCACGGGAUCAAUUUGCAGCGGGGAUCAAUGUUUGGCGAGAAAUUGCUCGCUGGCGAGAAGAUGCGCUGUCAUCCUCGUCGCUGAUCAACGACCCGACGUGGAGCUGGUGCUUGAAAGAGUUGCAAGACAAGGCAAGAGAGUUUGAAAAGCGAGGGCACAUGCUGGUAUUCAACACCGGUAGUGGUGUCUGUAAAUCUGAUGCGGCGAUCUCGCCGACAACACAGGCACAGCUACGAGACGCCGUGGAUCUCUUAACUAAGGACGUGGCAGAGAGGAUACAACACCACAACGCUCGGAAGUCACCGGUCUUAAAUCUCGUUGACCCGUCUCUGUUUCCUCUUGUCUAUGGGAGAACAAAGGUGUUGACCGCAGGACAACCUUGUGGAAUGGACCAAGGUUUCUGGUCGUCACGCCUUCAUGACGGCCAAAUCGCACCAGCGCGACCGCCGUUUGCUCAAGAAGGGGCUUGGGAACACCUGAGAUUGGACUGCAUCUGGUCAACCAGAUUUCAGUGGCUGCCUUGCGAAGUGGAAUUCAAUGGGCCGCCUGAGUCCACUGAUGUUCAAAUUACUUCUUACAUCAACAAUCUCCACCCCACAAACCGGAACAUGUACUCAGCGAUCGAGGCAGUUCUUGUCAGCAGUAUCAAGCAGUGGAAUGAGAUACUGAUUUGUGCAAAAUGGACUGAACGGCCUGGACGCAGAACCUCUUGCGAACCCCAGCCUCGUGAGCCGAUCCGAAUUCGAACAUACGGGGUGGACUGGAAAGUGAAAUUUCCGGAAUGGGCGAAGAAGCUCCCAGAGCAGUCCAAGGAAGACCAGCUAUCUGCUGAGCAAUACGACGAGAUGUGCGCCCAAGUAGAGGAAUAUCUUCAGCAACCUGAAUCUGAGGAUAAGGUACACUGGUGUCUGGUUCAUACGCAAAAGAUUCCAGAAGACUGGAAAACACGAUGGGGACUGCAGCGCACUGCAUUGACUAAGUAUGCCCGUAUGUUUUUUUUUGAGCACUCGGACCCAGGAACUGCCUAUUCUUAUGAGGACUGGAAGUCAGGAAGGACUAGUGAGGCCAUAAUAGGCCCUGCUGAUCAGGAACAUUGGGGCCGGACAUUUGAAACGGGACAGUUCCUUCUGUCUCACCCUUGGCUGAAACCUCACCGCUGGGCCUUUGAGCCAAAAGGCCAAAAGGAUGAUGACCAUCGAUUCUACACGGUUGCUCUGCAGGAGGAGUUUCGAGAAAAUGGCCUUCAGGUUGUGAUCCAGGUGCACAGUAUUGAGCUAGAGCCAGAUAUGCCAUCCUUUUCUGGCGAGGACUGGCAUACUAAAGGAAAUGCAAGCGAGCAUAUAGUUGCUAAUGCCAUUUUCGCGUUCAAUUUUAAUAAUGUUACAGAGCCGCAAAUUUCAUUCCGGCAGCGACUCUCACUUGACUGUCAACGAUAUGUUUAUGACAAGAUCGGCGCGGGUGACGACCCUGAUGACGAUGAAAGUGAUUUUGAGGACGUGGAGUAUAGUGACCCUGAGGAUGCCUUAAUAUUUGAGCCAGAUCCAGAAGAGAAGUAUGCGUGCUGGGAUGUCAAGUAUAUUAGAAGGCUUUUUGGAUUCAAGGCAAUUCAGCAUGCGCCCGCCUGGCGGGAGCUAGGGAAAGUGAGAAUGCCUCCAGGUCGCUUAAUUUCCUUUCCCAAUGCCUUUCAGUACCGAAUGGGUCCGUUAGAGCUUCAGGACAAGACCAAGCCGGGACACUGUCAUUUCCUUACUCUCAGUCUUGUCGAUCCCACGUACCGCAUCUGCUCGACACGAAAUGUUCCCCCACAACAACCAGGUUGGAUCGAUGGCUCUGGAUCACAGAUCGAUCUUAAAGAAGCCCACGAGUUGAAAGAGAAUUUGAUGAAGAUACAUGUCCGCAAGGACGAGGCUACCAUUGAGCUUGCUAGAACUAUUGUAUUCACGGGAUUUCAAUGAAUGUACAGGUUCAAUUUGUCACAAGUGCAAGAUAACUCUAUCACUAGUCAAAGGAU